UCAUGAAGCUGUCAGGUCUCCAGCAUUACGCUGAUGAGGGUCGCGAGUGUAUCAACAUACAUACCGGAGACCAGGAUGUUAUUGUGGAAAGCCAGAAGUGUUUGUGCAAUUUGAUCUUCAACAGUCUAGAUGCCCAGAGAUUUUGCAGUAAUCGAGGCUGUGUGGAGGGUAUAGUCCAGAGAUUAAAGACUUAUGGAGAUCCAGAUUUGAAGUAUGAAAUAAAGUUUUACGACAUGCGGAUGCUUUUCCUUCUGACGGCCUUACCAUCCUGUAUUGAAACACGACCAAAGAUUCGUUAUGACCUUCAUGGCUUCACCUACCUGAUGGAGGUCCUUGACCUCACGCUGAGGUCAUCGGAGGAAGAGAAGAUCCCACUCAGUGACCAGGAUGUUGACCUGUGCUCAGAGAUUCUGAAGAUCUUGUUCAACUUGACAGUUGGCAUUCAGAAGAAGUCAGCCGAUGAGGAAGAGGAAGCUCACUUCAUGAGAUUAGUGAGCAUCUUGCGGGAUCUGCUCAUGUGCAGGACAGCCACCAAGGAGAAGCAGGAAGAAAUACAAAGCCACACAGUGAACCUGUUGAUCAACAUUCCUGUUGACUUCUACGAGGAGUUGCUGACUCCGAUGAACGAGCCGGACGUGCGCGCCAUUGAGAGUAAAGAUGUCGAGUACGACGGGAAGAACAUGGAGGCCAUCAUCGUCCUGCUGCUUUUCCUUGGCAAGCGACUCGAAGUGCCCUCUAAGAGCCUGAAGGAGAGUCUGGCUCCAAUUCUGCACUGUCUGUGUGAAGCUUGCAGACACAACAGGUCAAUUAGAAAAUUUUGCAGGUCAAAGGUUUUGCCGCCAUUGCGAGAUGAUGUUCGCAGGCUUCCAGAGGAAGGACAUUCAUUGAGGAACAGACUGUGCAAGCUUUUGACCUCACCAAUCACAGAGGUCAAGGACCUUGUAGCACACUUCCUGUUUGUCUUGUGCAAGGAAAAUGUGAACCGAAUGGUUAAGUACACAGGUUAUGGUAACUGUGCUGGUUUGCUUGCUCAGUUUGGUUUGCUCAAGUUGGAUUCAGCCACCCUCAGGGGAGACUACUCCAGUGACUCGGAGGACUCGAACACUGAUGAAUACCUGGAACUGAAAGACCAGAUAAACCCAAUAACAGGUCACUGGGAAGAACCCCGCCCAGACCCGAUGGAAGGAAUGUCUGAGGAACAGAAAGAAUAUGAAGCAGAGAAAUUGAUAGUUGCCAUGGAUAAGCUCCAGAGAGAAGGUAUCAUACAGCCGAGUCGUAUCGGUCCUGACGGUCAACCGGUUCCCGUGUCUCAUGUCCUGGAGCUGAUUGAAGACCGUGACACAACAACAACCACAACCACAACAACCGCGUCAAACCCAGACAGCAAGUGAUGGACCAGUGGUCUACAAGUAUUUGUCGUCAUCAGCGGGACGGGUUCGCAGACUGAUGUUUAAUCCAGUCAGCAAACGCUUGUCUCAUCGGUGUAAGAAGAUUUGUCGUAAAUUGAUCCCAACAGGACAGUCCUGUUGACUCCCAUUGGUCCAGUAUUUUGUUAGUUUGGUGCGAUUGUAUUGUCUGCUCAGUGGUGUAAAAAAAAUGUUGAUUCUGUAAAGAAGGUCAGUUGUCUCAGUAGAUCAAAGCCAAUGUUAAUCUGUAUUAGGUUUUUUAUAUUCCUUCACAUUAACACUGUAUACACAUUUAUACUUUUUUUCUCUUUUUUUUUAAAUGGCUCUUAAUUAUUCUGUUAUUUAAGUUAAUGCCACAGAUCAUACUUGAAAAUUUGCCAUCUGAU